AUGGCCUCCCUCAUCAAGUUCGCCUCCGACGUCGCCCACGGCCGCCAUGCGCUGUCGAAAUUCAUCCCCAUGGGCCUCUGGCUCGCGGACGCUGUUCUGUGCGGCCUGAUUAUCUGGAAAAUCCCCUAUACGGAAAUCGAUUGGGUUGCCUACAUGGAGCAGGUCACGCAGUUUGUUCACGGCGAGAGAGAUUAUCCCAAGAUGGAGGGCGGCACGGGACCGUUGGUGUAUCCCGCGGCCCAUGUGUAUAUCUACACGGGGUUGUAUUAUCUGACCAACAAGGGUACGGAUAUCUUGUUGGCGCAGCAGCUCUUUGCCGGUUUGUACAUGGCUACGCUGGGGGUGGUGAUGCUGUGCUAUUGGAAGGCCAAGGUCCCCCCGUACAUCUUUCCGCUCCUGAUUCUUUCAAAGCGGCUUCACAGCGUCUUUGUCCUGAGAUGCUUCAACGACUGCUUUGCGGCCUUCUUCCUGUGGCUGUCAAUCUACUUCUUCCAGCGACGAGUCUGGACCGUUGGUGCUCUGGCGUACACCAUCGGUCUUGGCGUCAAGAUGUCACUGCUACUCGUUCUCCCCGCCGUCGUCAUUGUGCUGUUCCUGGGUCGUGGGUUCAAAGGGGCGCUGCGGUUACUGUGGCUCAUGGUACAGGUUCAGCUGCUCCUUGCCAUUCCGUUCGUCACGACAAACUGGAGAGGUUAUCUUGGCCGAGCGUUCGAGCUAUCGAGGCAGUUCAAGUUUGAAUGGACAGUCAAUUGGCGCAUGCUCGGCGAGGAAUUGUUCCUUAGCAGAGGCUUCUCUAUCACGCUACUGGCAUUCCACGCCCUCUUCCUCCUAAUCUUCAUCCUAGGCCGGUGGCUGAAGAUUCAAGAACGAACCUUUUUGGGAAUGAUUCCCUACGUUCUCCAGUUCCAGUCGCCUUUCACAGAGCAGGAAGAGCUCAGCAUCUCCCACAGAGUCGUCACGCCCAGGUACAUCAUGUCCACCGUGUUGUCGGCCAAUGUGAUUGGGCUCCUGUUUGCCAGAUCUCUGCAUUACCAAUUCUAUGCGUACUUGGCAUGGGCGACGCCCUUCCUCCUGUGGACGGCUUCUCCGAAUCUGCUUGUCGUGGUCCCGCUGUGGGCGGCGCAAGAAUGGGCUUGGAACGUGUUCCCCAGCACUCCUGUCAGCUCCAACGUCGUGGUGAGCGUGCUGGCUGUGACGGUUGCCAUGGCCUUUGUAGGGUCGAACCCGCAGCGUGGCGCGCCGAAGCCAAAACAACUAUAG